GAGAAGCCUCGCUCUCCAGAGAAGCCGUCCUCCCCGCUCAAAGAUGAAAAGGCUGUGGUGGAGGAGAGCGUCACUGUCACAAAGGUAACAAAAGUCACCGCUGAGGUGGAGGUGUCGAAGGAAGCCAGGAAAGAAGACAUUGCGGUGAAUGGCGAAGUGGAGGAGAAGAAGGAUGAGGCCAAGGAGAAGGAGGCUGAGGAGGAAGAGAAGAGCGUUGUCACCAAUGGCCUCGACGUGAGCCCUGUCGAUGAGAAGGGUGAGAAAGUUGUAGUAACCAAAAAAGCAGAGAAAAUCACAAGUGAAGGAGGGGACAGUACAACCACCUACAUCACAAAGUCGGUGACGGUCACUCAGAAGGUGGAGGAACAUGAAGAGAGCUUUGAGGAGAAAUUGGUGUCCACUAAGAAAGUGGAGAAAGUUACUUCACAUGCUGUAGUAAAAGAGAUUAAAGAGUGAAUUAAACUCAAUUAUAGCUAAA